GCCCGGUGCUCCUCAUGACUGGCGUUGUGCGCAGAGAGGGAAAGCGUGGCUACUGAUCUCUGGUCAGUGUCUCUCAUAGCUCCCACUCCACAAGACUUCAGGGGCUUCUCUGACAUCUGAGCUUCUUAUACCCUCCCUGGAAAUGUCAUCGCCCUCCUCAGAUUCUCAUCUUGAGUGCAAGUUGAAGAACCUGAAAGUAGAAUGCCACUGUCUAUAGCCUCUCUCUCGCCCUUGCUCCAGUAAACCAACAACCUCCAGCAAUGUGUGCCACUGCCAUCACGAAUACCCAGCUAAGACCUCAAUGCCAUCACGCUGCCUGGGGCUCUGCAGUUUUCUCAUGGUGAACCCUUGAUGGAUUUACUAUUGCUUGAGAAAUGGCUAGGAUCGGAUUGGGGUUUGGAAGAUGGAACUUUCAUCCAUUAAAGAGGAAGAGUUCAUUGCUGUUUAAACUCAUAGCUGUUGUUUUUGCUGUGCUUCUAUUUUGUGAAUUUUUAAUCUAUUACUUAGUGAUCUUUCAGUGUAAGUGGCCUGACGUGAAACCCACAGCCGAUGAUGGUGAACAAGCCACACGUGAGCCGGUGCUCAAAGCCAUGUUUCUGGCUGACACCCACUUGCUUGGGGAAUUCCUAGGCCACUGGCUGGACAAAUUGCGAAGGGAAUGGCAGAUGGAGAGAGCCUUCCAGACAGCUCUGUGGUUGCUGCAGCCGGAAGUCGUCUUCAUCCUGGGGGAUGUCUUUGAUGAAGGGAAGUGGAGCACCCCUGAGGCCUGGGCGGAUGAUAUGGCGCGGUUUCAGAAAAUAUUCAGACAUCCAAGUCCUGUGCAGCUGAAGGUAGUUGCUGGAAACCAUGACAUUGGCUUCCACUAUGAGAUGAAUAUAUACAAAGUGAAACGAUUUGAGAAAGUGUUCAGCUCUGAAAGACUGUUUUCUUGGAAAGGCAUUAACUUCGUGAUGGUCAACAGCGUGGCACUGAAAGGGGACGGCUGUGGCAUCUGUUCUGAAGCCGAAGCAGAACUCAUUGAUGUUUCUCAUAGACUGAACUGCUCCCGAGAGCAGGUACGUAGCUCCAGCCAGUGUGGACCUGGGCCUCUGCUACCCACAUCUGCCCCCAUCCUCCUGCAGCAUUAUCCUCUGUACCGGAGAAGUGAUGCUAACUGUUCUGGGGAAGACGCUGCUCCUCCAGAGGAACGGAACGUCCCAUUUAAGGAGAACUAUGAUGUGCUUUCUCGGGAGGCAUCACAAAAGCUGCUGUGGUGGCUCCAGCCGCGCCUGGUCCUCAGUGGCCACACGCACAGCGCCUGCGAGGUGCACCACGAGGGCCGAGUUCCCGAGCUCAGCGUCCCGUCUUUUAGUUGGAGGAACAGAAACAACCCCAGUUUCAUCAUGGGUAGCAUCACGCCCACGGACUACGCCCUCUCCAAGUGCUACCUCCCACGUGAGCACAUGGUUUUGAUCAUCUACUGUGGAGCAGUGGGCUUCCUUGUGGUCCUCACACUCACUCACUUUGGGCUUUUAGCCUCACCUUUUCUUUCUGGAUCAAACCUGCUCAGAAAGCAUAAGACAAGGUGAAGAGCAGUUGACGUUUGCACUUAGCAAUAAAUAUCAAAACCCAAAUAAUGAAACUUUGGGCAGAGAUCAUGUUAGAAUCAAGUGGAUGUUGAGAACAAUUAUAGGCUGUCUCUCUGCACAUCACAGAAAUUCUCAAUCACUGAAAUGAGUAACUGCAAAAUAAAUAGUUGAUUGUACUGUUCUCAUGCUAUAAAAAUGGACAGGUACUCUACAACAAAUCUGUUUUCUCAUUUUUAUCAAAUAUAUGCAUCAUCGAAGGUUGCAUCUGUACAGUAUGUAAAUGCUAUUAAUGUCAUCACUCACAUGCACGACAGUCCUUGCUCCCCCAGGAAGGGCCUGGUGACCCCAGCACACACUGAGAUUAUGUGUAUACAUAAAUAAUGGGCUUGUUUCCCUC